AUGGCUGUCCCUUCCUCUGAUCCGGCUGACCUAUGUCAAUUGUUUAAGGAUUUUGAUGAUGCGAUAAUUGCUUCAGCCAAGUCCUAUUUUGCUCUAAUAAGGCUUCGUAACCGUGCUUUUCAUGUUGUUGAUGCUGCUGAGGCUAGAAAUGCUAAGGCUUCUUCCACUGUUGCUUCCUCUGCGUCUUCUCCUGAUGCUAUCACCAACCCUGUUCCCGCUCCGAUACCUGACGUAUCAUCUCUAAUUUUACCUUCACAAAAAGUUGUUAACCUUACGGCCACCAUGUUUCCUCCCUCUUCAUUAUCGUCAUCAUCAGUAUCUCCAGUGGUGCCACACCCUUUUCCGAUUUCUUGCCCAAUCUGCGCUAUUACUUAUGAUCGUCUUAUCAAAAUCCGUGAUGCAUUUAAGGAAUACAACCCAGAUGAUUCUAUAAUAACAAACGUAUUAACUCUUGAAGAAAAAUUCAGGAAAUUAAAAGAAGAAUACGAAAAUUUAAAAGAACAAUACGAUUCAUUACAAAAUUUGUUUAUUGAAACGAAUU